AUGACGCACCUCCUCACAGGGUGCUCAUUCUCCAGGACGAUCUGGUUUGAGGUCCUCUCGUGGAUCCGAUCCACUUCGGGACCUCCUGAUGGGGGCGACUUCGUGGAGUGGUGGUCGCUGGUGGUGCGGACCACUCCCCGCCAGCUGCGCAAGGGUACCUCGUUGCUCAUCAUGCUCACGGCGUGGUGGAUCUGGAAGCAUCGGAACGCUGUGAUCUUCGACAAUGCACAGCCCUCGGUGCCCGCCCUCUUCAGCGACAUCAGGACAGAAGCGCGGGUUAUACCCGACAAGGUGAUCACGCUUGGACAAGAAGGCUUACUAGCCUGGGUUGAUUUGUCACAUGGCCUGCUCGUCUGCGACUUGCUUCUUCUUCAACAUCAAGAUCCUGGUCCUGUUGGUGCUCCUGUAAGCUGCUUCAUCCCGUUGCCUGAGCCGUUGCCUGGAAACAGGUACAAACUCAAUUAUCCCUUUGCCCCCACCGAAAAGAAGAGAAAACACCCUUCAUCGGACGAAACAUCCCGCUCGCCAACCUGGUUUCGGGAUCUCACAUACGCCAAUGGCGUGCUCAAGUUUGUUGAGAUGGAGAAUCAUCCCGCUCCUCAUCCUCAAAACAAGGAGGACAAUAUUAUCUACGAUGCAGACUUGAUCAUGUCGAUCAAGUGCAAACCAUUCGAAAGCGAUAUCUGUAUGCAGCUCUCCUCCUUUAGGGAUGCAUGGAGGGCUGUGACGUGGACUCGGAAACUAGUUUGGCCGCUGCAGUCGUCGUCUAACUUUUGGUGCCAGACAUGCGCUGCUCAUGUUGCUGACAUAAAGAUGGGCGCACCAUCGUUGGCAUUGGCGGCAUUCAGGGAACGCUACUCAGCUUUCCCCAUCCUCAGCCCGGAGGAUGGUGAUGAUAUUAUUUAUCUCAAAUCUAUGGGGGAACCCAGUGAUGGGAAUGGAUGGGUGGCUGCUCUUGACAUAGGAGACAAGGCACUCAAAGCAGUUGGGCAGUAUUAUCUUCCGGAUGAUUUCUAUUACGACUAUCCUUUUGACCCUGAACAUCCUUUCCGUGUCUCUGCAUUGUCCCGCCAUCUGGAUAUCACUCCAGGCAUUGAAGUCUCGGCAUGUUGCAAGAUCCCAGAGGCUAGCAGCUCUGCAAAUCAUCCAAACAACGCCUCAAUCAAUUUUGGUGAGGUCAGUUCCUGCAAAAGGAGCAAAAUCCAAAGGCUAUCAGAAAUCGCUGAGGAACUCAAGCGUAUAGGAGAUCAUCAGAAGAGUGUACAGAAUCAUCAUAUUUCCGAGGUCCAUCCUGUUACAAACUAUCUGCCACAACAACAAAAGUGGGGUGCGGCCCCUGUGUAUCCAUUGCGGCUCCAUGGAAACAAUCAGGCAUGUGCGGCCCCUGUGUAUCCAUUGCGGCUCCAUGAAAACAAUCAGGGAUGUGUGCCCCCUGUGUAUCCAUUGCGGUUCCCUGAAAACAAUCAGCGACCGCAGCAAUGCUUCAACAAGCCAAAUGGAUCCUGUGGCCCUGGGUAUGCAUCAUUGACCCCUGUACAUCGUGGUCAGAACUACCAGCCACUGUGGCCACCAUCAAAGCAUCAGUUGACGUCUAGCAGUGAGUUUAAACCUCAGGAGGCACCCCAUACAUGCUUCAGCAACCACCAUGGGUAUUCACAACAACUUUCUGCCCCUAAUGAUCCAUGACUAGUGUGAUGUCACUGGAGGCAGAUGCAGCAGCGCAGGCGGCAUGAUCUGGCGUAUCAAGAAGCCUGAAAUAGAGUUGCGUCAGUAUUAGCAACCUGCAGCAGGACGACCUGCAGAAGAUAAAAACGCAAAUGGGUGCUGAAGUACUUGUAUCUGCUCCAAGGGGACUCGAGAAGAUCUGUCAAAUGUAUGUGCGUUUUUCUGUUUUACAACUUAUUAUUACUCCUUC